AUGUCUGCUAGCCAGAAGACCUACAGCAUCGCAUCCAUCCCAGCCGAUGGUAUCGGCCCAGAGGUCAUUAAUGCUGGUAUCACAGCUCUGAAUGCCUUGACCAAUACUCUGAAGACCUUCAAGUUGGAGUUCAAGAACUAUGAUUGGAGCUCCGAGACCUACAAGAAGACCGGCAAAUACAUCCCCGAUGGUGGACUUGAGGAGCUCAAGAAGCAUGACGCAAUUUUCUUCGGCGCCGUCGGUGCUCCUGACGUUCCUGAUCAUAUCUCCCUGUGGGGUCUGAGACUCGCCAUCUGCCAGCCGUUCCAACAGUACGCGAACGUGCGCCCAACACGGGUGUUCCGCGGCACGGAGUCCCCAUUGCGCAAGUGCGGGCCCAACGACCUUGACUGGGUGAUCAUCCGUGAGAACAGCGAGGGAGAGUAUGCGGGCCAGGGUGGCCGCUCCCACGCCGGAAAGCCAUGGGAAGUUGCGACUGAAGUUUCUAUCUUCUCCCGUCACGGUGUGGAGAGAAUCAUGCGGUUCGCCUUUGAGACUGCCCAGAAGCGGCCACGCAAGCUGUUGACUGUGGUCACUAAGAGUAAUGCGCAGCGCAAUGGCAUGGUCCUUUGGGACGAAGUGGCAAAGCUUGUCGCAGUUGACUUCCCCGAUGUCACUGUGGACAAGAUGCUUGUUGAUGCUAUGACUACUCGCAUGGUCCUGAAGCCCGAGAGUCUGGAUACCAUCGUUGCAACCAAUUUGCACGCUGAUAUUCUCUCUGAUCUCGCUGCCUCUCUGGCUGGAUCUAUUGGCAUCGCACCUACCUCUAACCUCGACCCUACACGGGAGUAUCCCAGUAUGUUUGAGCCUAUUCACGGCUCCGCUUUUGAUAUCACUGGUAUGGGUAUCUCUAACCCCGUGGCUACAUUCUGGACGGCGGCGGAAAUGCUUGCUUGGCUCGGCGAAGAGGAGGCUUCUAAACAGCUGCUGGUUUGUGUUGAGAAUGUCUGCGAGCAGGGAGUUCUUACCCGUGACUUGGGUGGUAAUGCCACGACGAAGCAGCGCCCCUCUAAGAGAGCCAGAAUCUCAUCAGAUUCUGGUAAUGGCUCGGCGACACCCCUGACAUCUUUAGAGAGGGCCAUCAGCCCACCACUUCCCCGCGGCUGUUCCCGACUGACUGAUGGCGAAAUGACUGAUGGCCCUGAAGGCACUGCUCGCCCUGUCCAAUUUAUCAAUUCGCCAGUACAACUUACCCAUAUUCGCGAUUUAUCGAGUGGUAACAAUGUCGACACAGUCCGACUACGGGACAUUCUCGGAGAUCCUAUGAUUCGCGAAUGCUGGCAGUUCAAUUUCCUGUUCGAUGUGGACUUUCUCAUGUCACAGUUUGAUGAGGAUGUCCGGGCUCUGGUGCAAGUCAAGGUUGUGCAUGGGUCCUGGCGGAGAGAGGAUUCGAAUCGGACGCGAAUUGAGGAGUCAUGUUCACGGUAUCCUAAUGUCGAGCCUAUUGUGGCAUACAUGCCCGAACCUUUCGGGACACAUCAUUCCAAGAUGAUGAUUCUUCUUCGGCAUGAUGAUCUAGCCCAGGUCAUCAUCCACACGGCAAACAUGAUCCCUAUGGAUUGGACCAAUAUGACACAAGCCGCCUGGCGCUCUCCACUACUUCCCCUGGAGAAAGCAAGCCCAGCAGGAUCUCAGACAGACGCAAAAUCAAAAAUCGGCUCGGGCACACGAUUCAAAAGGGAUCUCCUUGCUUAUCUAAAAGCGUAUGGGCCCAAAAAGACCGGCUCGCUGGUCCAGCAGUUGGAUAACUAUGACUUCGGCGCUGUUCGCGCUGCCCUGAUUGCUAGUGUCCCGUCCAAAAAGCACGCCAGUGAAUCCAGCUCAGAAGAGGAUACACUAUGGGGCUGGCCUGCUCUGAAAGAUUUGAUGAGCCAAAUACCCAUCCAGAAAAAAACCACAGCCAACAAGCCACACAUAGUAAUUCAGAUUUCUUCAAUAGCAACCCUCGGCCAAACAAAUAAAUGGCUCAAAGACGUCUUCUUCAAGGCCCUCGCCCCAACCCCACAACCAACAACGUACUCAAUAAUCUUCCCAACCCCAGACGAGAUCCGCCGCUCUUUAGACGGCUACAACUCCGGCGGCUCAAUCCACAUGAAAACACAAAGCGCAGCACAACAAAAGCAACUCCAAUACAUGCGUCCGUACCUCUGCCAAUGGGCAGGCGAUUCGAUCCCCUCAGGCCAAUGCAUCGACUUAUCCGAAGAAGAUCCCCCAAGGCGCGAAGCAGGCCGUGCCCGUGCAGCCCCACACAUCAAGACUUACAUCCGCUUCGCAGAUUCAGACAUGAAGACUAUUGACUGGGCGAUGGUAUCGUCGGCGAAUCUGUCCACGCAGGCGUGGGGCGCGGCGAUGAAUGCGAGUGGCGAGGUGCGCAUUUGUAGCUGGGAAAUUGGCGUUGUUGUCUGGCCGGAGCUUUUUCGAGAUGGGGAUUAUGGCGAUACUGGCUCUGCGACCGAAUCUGAAUCCCGAGCGGAGGGGAAAUCCCCUGCGCCAGACGCGCUGAUGGUUCCUUGCUUUAGGCGGGAUCGUCCUACUGUGUCUGAGGGGGCUGAGACGGCUUCUGUAGUUGUCGGAUUCCGGAUGCCUUAUGAUCUUCCGUUGACGCCGUAUGGUGCGGGUGAUGAGCCGUGGUGUGCGACUGCUUCGCAUCCUCUGCCGGACUGGCAGGGUCAGAGCUGGAUUGUCUAA